AUGUAUUUUGAUGAUAUUGUAGCAUUAUGUAAAGAAUUAGACUCAUCAAUGUCAGAGAAAAUCAUAGUCCAACGUCUGAUGAAUGGCAUUCGUCCCGAAUUUCGAAUGCCGCUCUUUCGUCAUGAGCCUCUGAUCCAACACAUUGAAGUAUUCCUGAAGACGGCUAAGAAAGAGCAAGAUAUUCAAGAAACAUUUCAAAAACUUGAUGAAUUGAAAUUUACCGAUUCAAAACCAUAUUUUGCACUUAAUCCAAAAUCAAUCCCAUUCACAGCCACCGUUCAGCAACAACCAUAUCAACACCCGCAUCAUUUAGCUCGAACUUCAUAUCAAGCAACACACGAGAGCUCCGCUCUAAUGCGGAACUCAUUCCCGUCUCAAUCCGCUUCACAAACUCAGCACAAAUCGCCUAAUGUCCAACAAAAUCUUCAAUCGGGAGCGCUACGAAGUCAGUCACACAAACAACUAUCAACAUUUUCACCUCAAUUUGAUCCAUGUAAAAUUUGUGGUAGGGAAGAUCAUGCUUCAAUUCAUUGUUAUUACAAACAGAAAACUGGUCGAGAAUCCUUACCUGAACGAUUCAGAGUUCCAGAUUGUGAUGAAUCAACAUUGUGGUUCAAUUCCAUUAAUGGAGAUCGCUUAUUCAACUGGGAGCCGCUGGUUCCUUCCCUUCUGGUCCAUUGUAUUGCUUUCGAGGCAUUGGCGAAGAUUUUUGGGGUGCGAUCAAUGACUUAA